CCUCAGCAGGGCAUCGGCAGGCCCAGCGUGUACCACGCCGUGGUGGUCAUCUUCCUGGAGUUCUUCGCCUGGGGCCUCCUCACCACGCCCAUGCUCACCGUUUUACACGAAACGUUUCCUCAGCACACGUUCCUGAUGAACGGACUCAUCCAGGGUGUGAAGGGUCUGCUGUCGUUCAUGUCGGCUCCUCUGAUUGGAGCGUUGUCGGACGUUUGGGGCCGGCGCUCCUUCCUGCUGAUCACMGUCUUCUUCACCUGCGCUCCCAUCCCCCUGAUGAGGCUCAGCCCCUGGUGGUACUUCGCCAUGAUCUCCAUGUCCGGAGCAUUUUCUGUCACCUUCUCCGUCAUCUUCGCCUACGUAGCCGAUGUGACGGACGAGCGCGAGCGCAGCACCGCCUACGGUUUGGUUUCAGCCACGUUCGCAGCCAGCCUGGUGACGAGCCCGGCCAUCGGCGCGUACCUUUCGGCUUGGUACGGGGACAACCUGGUGGUCCUGCUGGCCACGCUCAUCGCUCUGUCCGACAUCUGCUUCAUCCUGCUGGCCGUCCCCGAGUCCCUGCCCAACAAGAUGAGGCUGAACACCUGGGGGUCGCCCAUCUCCUGGGAGCAGGCCGACCCCUUCGCUUCUCUGAGGAAGGUGGGCCAGGACUCCACGGUCCUCCUGAUCUGUAUCACGGUCUUCCUGUCCUACCUGCCGGAGGCGGGCCAGUACUCCAGCUUCUUCCUGUACCUGAGACAGGUGAUAAACUUCUCAUCAACAACCAUCGCUGUUUUUAUUGGAGUCGUUGGAACUUUGUCCAUCAUAGCUCAGACGCUCUUCCUCACUCUGCUGAUGAGGUACCUGGGGAACAAAAACACGGUUCUGUUGGGUUUGGGCUUCCAGAUCCUUCAGCUGGCCUGGUACGGCUUCGGAUCAGAGCCAUGGAUGAUGUGGGCGGCCGGCGCCGUGGCAGCGAUGUCCUCCAUCACCUUCCCAGCAGUCUCUGCUCUGGUGUCUCAGUCGGCUGAUUCUGACAAACAAGGUGUCGUUCAGGGGAUGAUCACCGGGAUCCGGGGCCUCUGUAACGGUCUGGGUCCGGCUCUGUACGGGUUCGUCUUCUUCCUCUUCAACGUGGAGCUGAACACCAUGGACCCGAUUCAGGGCGAGUACAGCAUCGACCCGCUUCCUCUGCACGGUCCCACCGAGCAAGCGCUCAUUCCCGGACCACCCUUCCUGCUCGGGGCGUGCACCGUGGUCGUUGCCUUCCUGGUCGCACUCUUCAUCCCAGAGAAGACCUCCUCCUGCUCCUCCUCCUCUUCCUCCUCCUCCUCCUCCUCCUCUGAGCUCUCCCUCAGCGACAAGCCCCAACUGGACAACAAGGAGUCCAUGUCCUCACUAGCCGGCGUCCACAUUAACACGCCGCUCCCCGGCAGCGACGAGGAGACCCCGCCCACCGCUAGUGACGAGGACGUGGAACCUCUGCUGCACGACAGCAUCGUCUGAAGGACGCCGCCGAGGGGGCGGAGCCUGUAAAACUUUCCAUUCGUUGUUUUGCCGCUCGGCUGAACUACACGUGUUUUUAUCAUCGGCUUGUUUUUGGACGCCACAUGUGACCAAUAAAAACUGGUCUUUAAUGGAGGACAGAGACGACGCCGUGUGACUGGACGGAGCUGUCAAAGAGAAUUUGAUUGACAGGAAGUGGGCGGGGCCAACUGGGACGGAGAUCAUAAUUAUAUUAACGAGACGGAAUCAACUUUUUGUUUUUAUACGUCGAAGGAUUUGGUUGUUUCUGUCAGAAUCACGAGAAAUGAAAAGUUUGUUUUUCUUUUUGGUUGUUUGUGAUAAACAACAAAUAUUUAUUUGUUCUAAUUUUAUCAUUUUAAAACUUUURUUUCUAAAAAGGAAACAUUUGGAAGAAAAAAGUUUUGAUUCGUGCACAAAGUUGGACUUUUUGUGAGCGAUUGAGGCCCGAUGAGACAAAAAUACGUCGAAAAAACAAAUCCAACAAGACGAAGUUUUUAUUUUUAGUUCUUACAGAGAACAAAGUGUUUGUGUCGGACGUUAAUUAACCUCAAUUUUUAUGAAAUUUUUUACAUUUUUUUGUCGUCUAAUUUGAGAAUCUUUGUCCACGCUAACGUAGUUUUAAAAAAAAAAUGCUUUAAAAAAUUUGCCGUUUUAAAAAACAAACUCAAAAAAAAAAAAAAAACGACCCAAAACAAUGUUAGAGGUGAAACGAUGACGUCACUGUUUUCAAAAAGUUGUGUUUUGGUCGUCCACAUGGAAACACAUCGUUUAUUUGUAAAUGUYUCUUUUGGGUUCCUAAAGAUUUGUUUGGAUCGGUUUUUUUGACAUCUCGUUUGAGAAGCUGCGUCCACGCUAACGUAGAUUUUUAAUUAAAAUCCAGUGAGUUUUCACACGGAAACACAACAACGUUGUUCUAAGAUUGUUUUUUAAUAUUAAUGGCGCCUCUAUGUUCAUAAAACACAAACUUUUGCUCAUGAACCUCAGUUCAAACUAAAACGUGGCGUUCCAAGAUGGCCGCUCCAGGUUUGGAAGGUAUUUGAACAGGGGAAAAGUGAUUUAUUAAACAAAGAAGUCAGUAUUUAUUUUAAUGUUUUUAAAUCAAAGUGCUGCUGGCUGCUGGCAGUGAAAAACUCCUCAACUUCAACCUGUUUUUAUUUUUGUUUUUAAAUCWAACCGACAUGUUUCUGGUCUUGAUUCUGGGUUUGGUUUUGUCCCUUCAAAAUAAAACUAACAACAAGUUUAAUUCUUUUAUUGAAGCGUUUGUGAUUUGAGGCGUUUUUCUCUGGCAGCGGCGACGUUCCUGUGAAUGAACUUUUUUAUACUUGAAGCGUCGAUGAAGACGAGUUCUGWAAACAACAGAGUGAAGAUCGGCUGAUUCGUGACUUUAAAAUGUAAACAAACAAAAAGCACUUUGGAAUGACGGAGUUUGUAAAUAACGCGGGUGGCAGGCCGGGCUGCGGCUCCACGUGGUCCAGGUCCAGGAAGGAACAGAAGAAUAAAGAGACGAUGUAAUCCCUCAGAUUAUCAGAAGAGAACCAAAUCUUUCUUCUGUUUUAGCACAAGCUUUGUUUGUUUUGUAAACACUUUAUAAAUUAUUGUUGAUGUUUCACAUUCAUGUCUUUUCUGUAAAUAUUUGAUGUUGGAGCAGCCUGAAGCUGAGCUGUAAAUACUGAUCACUGAUUGGACGGCUGCUCUCCUCGCAGACAACAACGUCUGGAUUAAAACUGGUUGUGAGAA